UGCUCAGACAUGAUAAGUUUCCUACAGAGCAUUAUAGCCAUCACAACAAUUGCAGAGUUUGUUUUGGGAAAUUUUGGCAAUGUCUUCAUAGCACUGGUGAACUGCCUUGAUUGGGUCAAGAGACAAAAGAUCUCCUCAACUGAUCAAAUUCUCACUGCUCUGGCUGUCUCCAGGAUUGGUUUGCUUUGGGUAAUAUUUAUAUAUUGGUAUUCAAUUGUGUUUAAUUUAGCUGUAUAUUAUAGUCAAAUAAAACCUAAUCUUUUUAUUGCCUGGUCAGUAACAAACCAUUUUAGCACCUGGCUUGCGACUAUACUUACCAUAUGUUAUUUUCUCAAGAUAGCCAAUUUCUCCAACAUUACUUUUCUUCACCUAAAGAAGAGAGUUAAGCGAGUCAUUGUAGUUGUACUUUUGGGGACUUUGGUGCUUUUGUUUCCUAAUUUGGUGAUGAUAAGCAUACAUGAAAUAAUGCUUGUGAAUGAAUAUGAAGGGAAUGUGACUUGGAAGGUCAAAUUGCAGGACAUUGUAGAACUUUCAAAUUUGACUGUAUUCACUCUAGUGAACCUCAUACCUGUUUUUAUAUCCCUGAUGUGUUUUCUAUUGUUAAUCUACUCUCUCUGUAAACAUCUCAGGAUGAUGAAGCUCCACGGAAAAGGAUUCCAUGAUCCCAGCACUGCAGUCCAUAUAAAGGUUUUGCAAACUGUGAUUUCAUUUCUCUUGUUAUUUACUAUCUACUCUCUGUGUAUAAUGAUACCAAGUUGGAAUUCUCAUAAGCCAUCAAGUGAGUGGCUUGACUUGUUUUUCCAAAAUAUUGGACUCUUAUAUCCUUCAAGCCAUUCAUAUGUCCUGAUAUGGAGAAACAAGAAGCUCAGACAAGCUUUUCUGUCAGUUCUGGGGCAAGUGAGGUUCUGGCUGAAAGAAUGGAAUCCUUCACGUCUGUAA